UCAACAAUCUGAAUUCUGACCGUUAAUUUCAAUCGGUCACAACUCUGAUCAUUUUUCAUUCAUGUGUCGUCGAGUAACACAGCACACUCGAUUUAUCGAAGUUCACUAAGUUUUUAUUUUAAGACUAUUAUAUUUGAUGUUUUCUUUGGAGUCACUAUAUAAGUUGCGUUUGCAUAUUACCUACGGAGUUGCGGACUACUAGUUGUUAUUUGGGCUAGGUUUAUUUAGAAUUAUGGACAUUCAAAUGAGACGGCAUAGAACGGUGCAAAUUCAGGAUCAAGAAAAUGUAUAUAUUACCAAAAAGAUAAAUUUACUUAUUCCAAACAAACGACAAGGUUUAAGUGCGAGAGGAGCACUCGGGGAUAUUAAUACCAAUGUUGAAAUCCAACGGGGAAUAAAUAUUGGUAAAGUUACUGGUGCGGCUGCUGAUUGUGAUAAAAAGCCGAUAAUCAAACGUGGACCUUUGCGAACUUAUAACCAUGUACAGUCUAAAGUGGACACAGGUUUGGCUAGUAAACCUAUUAUUCAGCCUUCUUCAAGGCCUCCAUUGAGACGAGAGGAGAGUACUGCUGGAUUAGCUGCUAGAGCAGUUGUGCGCUCAAAGACUGGAUUAAAAGACUGUCAAAAUGAUUUGAAGGAGACAGCAACCACCCUACUUCAAGGAAAAAAAAUCAUAGAAACUAAAAAAGCAACAAAGUUACCAAUACUUAAAGAGAAUUCAAAAGAAACUAGAAGUUUACUAAAACCCAUUCUUAAAGAUCCCAUUGAAUCUUUAUGCAAACUAAAAUUAGUUGAAGAAGCAAAAUCAAAAAAGAAAAAUAUUGUAGAGCUGGAAAAAAAAAAUUUACCAGAGUUACCACAUGACAUUGAAGAUAUUGAUGCUAAUGACAAGAAUAGUCCUUUGCUAAUGUCCAUUUACAUUAAAGACAUUUAUAGAUAUUUGACUGAACUUGAAAAGAAGUAUCCAAUUGAAACAGAUCACUUAAAAAACCAGACUGUGAUCACUGGCAAGAUGAGAGCUACUUUAAUUGACUGGUUGGUUGAAGUGCAGAGACAGUUCUCUUUAGUUCUUGAAACCUUCCAUCUAACUGUUGGCAUUAUUGAUCGCUAUUUACAGGCUGUGCCAAAUGUGCAAAGAAAUCAAUUACAGCUUGUUGGAGUAACAGCAAUGUUCAUUGCAAGCAAGUAUGAGGAGAUCUAUGCUCCAGAUGUGGGAGACUUUGUUUAUGUGACAGACAAUGCUUACACGAAGUCUGAUGUUUUCCAAUGUGAAAGAGAUAUUAUGUCCAAGCUCGGAUUUUGUCUUGCACGGCCCAUUCCCUUAAGUUUCUUAAGAAGGUUCGUGAAGGCAGCUCAUGGGACCUCCAAGAAUCAUCAUCUCGCCAAAUAUUUUGUUGAUCUCAGUCUUAUUGAAUAUUCAAUGGCACACUAUCGACCUUCCGAACUAGCAGCUGCUGCAUUGUGUCUGUCCUUAUAUCUUCUCUCAACAAAAAAAUUAACUGAUGUUUGGACUGCCACCCUGUCUUACUACUCUGGGUAUAAACUUGAACACAUUGAACCAAUUAUGCAAAAAAUUGCAAAAAUUGUUAUUAAUGUUGAGAACUCUAAAUACCAAGCAAUCUAUAAUAAAUAUCUAGAUGUGACAUUGGCAAAAGUAUCAAGUCUUCCUCAGCUUAAAGGGGAAGUUAUACAUGAGUUGAUCAACAGUUUUUAACUCAAAUAGACCUAUAAGAUACAUUUAGAUAAAAAUAUUCUUUUUGGCAUGCAUUUUUAAUGUUUGGACAAAUAAGAGGGACUGAGCAUUUUAUUAGGGUUUAUUUUUAAGUCCCUAGUAUUAGUUCCUGCAUCCUAAAUUUUGUUUAUAAUUGUGUGAUGACUUCUGACUAAUGACACAUUCUGGUUUUAAGCUACAGACAUGGUAAUAUGAAUUAAAUAGAGACAACUAUGUUCAAAAUAAUUUUAAAUAAUUACUUUAAAAGGUUAAGUGUUAGCAUUUUUUUAUGAUAUAGUUUGGAUCAUAUUAAAUAAUAGACUAUUCAUCGCCUAAACAACAAUAUUCUACCAGACACGGUUUUAUUAAACAAAAAGAUGUAAAAAAGGAGCACAGAUUUUUGUGUGCAUUGUUAUAUUUAAUUUAUUUUAGAAUAAUAUAUUUCUAACAUUUGUUUUUAAUAAAUAGGGAUUAUAUUAAUCCCUUUUGAACUGAAUAUAAAGAAAUACAGUUUGCAGUCUCAGAAUAUUCUGAUUUACUAUUAUUAAUUAAUAUUAAGACUAAUGAUGGACCAAAUAAGUUAACUUUUUGUGACAUGUGAUGUAAAUAAGCUAACUUUUAGAUGUUAUUGAUUUUUAUGAUGAUGCUUUAAAUAUAAUUUUGAUAAAACUGUGAUUUUGUAUAUGUAUUGUAAUGUAAUUUGUUGAAAAUUAGUUUUUAAUAAAAUUUAUGACAACUUAA